AUGGCGAUAAAGGAAGCGGCACCACCGCCAGCAGCACCGACUUAUGAGUUGCCUCAAGAUCCCGCCCUCUUGCUUCCCCCAAUCCCUCUCCUAUCAGCUGUGUUGGGAAUGGCUUGGGGAGUGGUGGCCUCCUUCUUGCUCCUCUUCCCCCAACCCCUCCCCCUGUCAGCCACUUCUCCAAACCCUGAAGAGACUGUACCGUACUCUCCAUCUCUCACCCCUUCCUCUUCACUCUACUGCACACACUAUCUGCACCCCCAGCAGCCCGUUGAUGGUGCUUCUCCUGGGCCUCAGACCCCUCCUUUACCCACCUUCCCCUCCCCAUACCCUUCCCCGGCCCUUCUCUCCGCCUACCCCUGCGCCCCCCUUCCUUCCUUCCUCCAGCACGCAGGUCUGGAGGAGGCAGUGAGGGAGGUGCGAUUCUCCCUUGCCGCUGACCCCAUCAACGGGCUGCUGGGGGGCGCUCUGGCUGGUGCUCUGUUUGGCCGGCUGAGGGGGAGGUGCGCUUCUUCGUCCCUUGCCUCUGACCCCACCAACGGGCUGCUGGGAGGCGCUCUGGCUGGUGCUCUCUUUGGCCGGCUGAGGGGUGAGUCGGUUGGGAGUGGUGUGAAGGGUUGGGAUAAGAGGGUGGUUGGGAAGACACGGGUAGGUGUUGGAAGGGUGAGGGAAGUGCGAUUCUCUCUGGCCUCCGACCCCACCAACGGGCUGCUGGGAGGCGCUCUCGCUGGAGCACUGUUUGGGCGGCUGAGGGGUGAGAAGAGGGGGAGGGGGGUGGUAGGAAGCAGAGACAUCGCCAUCCGGGCAGCUGUAAUGUUUGGCCUGGCUGGGGCAGGGCACCGGGCAACCGUGGAAAGUUUCAAGGAGUGGCGCAUUCAGCAGCUCCUGGCUGCCCGUGUAGCCGGCCACACAGGCAGCCCUCACUCCUCCCAUGCAGCCAUAGCAGCAGAGAGAGAUGAGCAUGUGACAGCCGCCCUUCCUGCCUCCCAUGCACACGUGGCAACAGACACAGAUGGGCGUGUUACUGCAACGGAUGGUGGGAGUGAAAGCACAGCAGCCACUGCAGCAGCAUCACCUGCCAUAGGAGGCGUGGGGAAGCAGGGCGUGGGGGAGCGGGGCGUGGGGGAGCGGGGCGUGGGGGAGCGGGGCGUGGGGGAGCGGGGCGAUCAGGCAGGGGUGAAGGCGGGAGGGCGGUGGGAGUGGCCAGAAUGGCUUCCUGUGAGGCGGCUAGGUGAGGAGGAGGUGAAGCGGCGGCAGGAGGAGUUCAGACAGAGAGUGGCAGCAGCACAGCGGCUGGAAAUGGCUGGUUCAGGGAGGGAGGCUGGCAUUGGAGGUGCAGAGGGGAGGAAAAAGGGCGAAUGA